CGCAUUGCGUACCCAUUUUGUUUAAGAACGUAACAUUGUGUGAAAGAUGAGGAAAUUUUCCUAUAAUAUCAAACAAUUUGUACGUCAAGGUCGGAACGUGUGCCAUUGUCAUUUCCACUCUGUUCCAUUAAAUCCAGAAUGGGUGGCCAUAGCAACUAAGCAACUCAAAGGAAAAGAUCCUGCAGAACUUCUUACAUGGAAGACUCCGGAAGGGAUAAAUAUCAAACCUUUGUAUAUGAAAGAAGAUUGCGUUGGAUACGAAGAUGAAAUUCCUGGAAAAUUUCCAUAUACGCGAGGCCCAUAUCCUACGAUGUAUUCACAACGACCAUGGACAAUCAGACAGUAUUCUGGCUUUAGUACUGUGGAAGAAAGCAACAAAUUCUACCGAGACAAUUUAAAGGCAGGACAACAGGGUCUGAGUGUCGCCUUUGAUCUUCCAACGCAUCGAGGUUAUGAUUCGGACAAUCCACGUGUUCCUGGUGAUGUUGGAAUGGCUGGUGUUGCCAUUGACUCUGUUGAAGAUACCAAGGUUCUAUUCAAUGGCAUUCCUCUUGAGAAUAUAUCGGUGUCUAUGACAAUGAACGGCGCGGUUUUACCCGUUCUAGCUAUGUACAUUGUUGCUGCUGAAGAACAGGGUGUUAGCCAGGAUCGUUUGACGGGAACAAUUCAAAAUGAUAUUUUAAAAGAGUUUAUGGUCAGGAAUACGUACAUCUUUCCCCCUGAUUCGUCGAUGAGAGUGAUUGGAGACAUCUUUGAGUACACAUCCAAGAAUAUGCCGAAGUUUAACAGUAUAUCCAUUUCCGGUUACCAUAUGCAGGAAGCCGGGGCUGAUGCCAUUUUGGAAAUGGCCUUCACCAUUGCUGAUGGUCUGGAAUACUGUAGAACAGGUAUCAAAGCUGGUCUUGACAUCGAUGACUUUGCCCCACGUCUUUCUUUCUUUUGGGGAAUUGGUAUGAACUUUUAUAUGGAAAUCGCCAAACUAAGAGCGGCCAGGCGACUGUGGGCGAAUCUCAUUAAGACACAUUUUGACGCGAAGAAUCCGAAAUCGUAUUUGUUGCGAUGUCAUUGUCAAACAUCGGGCUGGUCUCUCACCGAACAAGUUCCAUACAAUAACGUUGUUCGCACUACAGUUGAAGCGAUGGCUGCAGUGUUCGGUGGGACCCAGUCGCUUCAUACAAACUCGUUUGAUGAAGCUCUCGCUCUACCCACUCCGUUUAGUGCCGGGAUUGCGCGCAACACUCAGCUCAUCUUGCAAGAAGAAACUGGAAUACCAAACGUUAUCGAUCCAUGGGCUGGAUCAUAUCUCAUGGAAUGUCUGACGAAUGAUUUGUAUGAAGCUGCCGAGAAAGUUGUUGAAGAGGUUGAAGAACUUGGCGGUAUGGCGAAGGCAGUUACCGAAGGAAUGCCAAAACUAAGGAUCGAAGAAUGUGCAGCAAGGAGGCAAGCAAGAAUUGAUUCGAGCACAGAAACGAUCGUUGGCGUAAAUAAAUACCAGCCUAAAACAGACGACAAGGUUGAUGUGCUUGUUAUUGAUAAUACAAAAGUUCGAGAAAGUCAAAUAGACAAAAUUAGGGCUCUUAAGGAAACGCGUGAUCAAAAAACGGUGGAAGACGCAAUGUCAGCUAUUACAAAGUGCUGUGAGAGCGGAGAAGGAAAUUUGUUGGACCUUGCUGUAAAGGCAGCAAGAGUUCGAUGUACGGUUGGAGAAAUAACAACGGCAAUGGAAAAGGUAUUUGGCCGACACGUCGCCAGUGAUCGUAUGGUCAGCGGAGCAUAUAAAUCGGAAUAUGGCGAUGCUGAUGAAAUCACUAAAUGUCUGAACGAAGUUGCGAAAUUUGUCGAGGCCGAAGGCCGUCGACCACGUAUACUCGUGGCUAAAAUGGGCCAAGAUGGACACGAUAGAGGAGCGAAAGUCAUCGCAACUGGUUUUGCCGACCUUGGAUUUGAUGUCGACAUCGGACCAUUAUUUCAGACACCUGAUGAAGUGGCUCAGCAAGCUUACGACGCUGACGUUCAUGUGGUGGGAAUAAGUACUCAAGCCGCUGGACACAAGACCCUCGUCCCACAACUGAUUGAUGCCUUAAAGGCGAAGGACAAGAAAAAAAAUAUUCUUGUGGUUUGCGGCGGAGUGAUUCCUCCACAAGAUUACGAUUUUUUGUUCGAGAAAGGUGUUGGAGCCGUGUUUGGCCCGGGUACAAGGAUACCGCAGGCAGCCAUGGAUGUACUGAGAGCUAUUUCACCUGAUGAACCAGAUCGACAAACUGUUUAGAUGUAGUUGCUUUUGCACGAGUGUGUGCAACUUGUAUUAACUAUAUGUUUGGUGAAUUCGAAUGAAUUUUGAAAAUGUUUUUUUCUAUUUAUCA